AUGAACCCACGAACGACGUCGUCGUCGUCAAAGGCGAAGAAGAAGCAAACGGCACUCGAGCCGCACCAAACAUCAUGGGGCGGGAGAUACCUCGGCGUGCGGCGGAGGCCGUGGGGGCGGUAUGCGGCGGAGAUUCGGGACCCUUCCACCAAGGAGCGGCACUGGCUGGGCACCUUCGACACCGCCGACGAGGCCGCACUCGCCUACGACCGAGCCGCACGUGCCAUGCGUGGCUCACGUGCGCGCACCAACUUCGUCUAUGCCGACACCAUUCCCGGCUCAUCCCUCACUUCCAUCAUCUCCCCCGACCAACGACCCCUCCAGGAACCCGACCCGGUUCUAACACUCGACCCGUUUUCCCUCCUCGGGUUUCCCUCCGCUUCUUCCUCCUACGAUAGCACAGCAACUUCCCACUUGAGUCAACAAACGUUUUUCCAAACCAACAAUAAUAAUAAUAAUUACAAUCCUUACAAUAACGAUGAUAGUGAUAACAGAGGGAGCACGGUGGAGCUUCCUCCACUGCCACCAGAUAUUACUAGCUCCAUUGGUUACGAGAUGGAACAGCAGAGUGAUGGAUUUUAUUGGGAGCAAAGUCCAAUGUUUAGCGCAAUGCCAACAGUGUCAGAGAAUGUGGGUGCAGAGUCUCAAGUUUUUGGGAGCUCCUCCUAUUUCUUAUGA